AUGGCACCAAAGAUCAUCAACAAUGGAACAGGCAAGAGAUCAGCAAUUAACAGAGGUUCAUGGACCCCAGAGGAGGACAGAAAGCUUGCCCAAUGCAUUGAAACUCAUGGUGCAAAGAGGUGGAAGACUGUUGCACUCAAAUCAGGUUUGAAGAGAUGUGGAAAGAGUUGCAGGCUGAGAUGGUUAAACUAUCUGAGGCCUAAUAUCAAGAGGGGAAACAUAUCAGAUGAAGAAGAGGAUUUGAUUCUUAGGCUUCACAGACUUCUGGGAAACAGGUGGUCUUUGAUAGCUGGUAGGCUUCCAGGACGAACAGACAAUGAAAUUAAGAAUUAUUGGAAUUCUCAUUUGUGCAAAAAGCUGAAUAAAAAAGAGGAGAGACCAGAAUCUUCAACAACACAGGAAAUUACUGGCCAGAAUCUGAAUGCUGGGCACAACAACCCUGCAAUGUCAGAGAACGAGGUUGCAACUAAUGAAAGUGGCACCUUGGAUGUUACUUUCAACGUUGACGACUUUUUCAACUUCUCUGCAGAAUCCAGUGGUUUAGAUUGGCUGAACAAGUACUUGGAACUUGACAAGAUUCCUGAGUGCACGAAAACAUCUCAAUAA